AUGUUCGACUACACCCGCCUCAGAGCCAUCGAAUUCUUCUACAAGGACCGCAAGUUCAUCCGCGUCUACUACCAGGAUGGCGACCUGAUCAAGCAGUCGUGCUACAACGACGACGACGGCUGGUACACCAUGCCCAACGACAUUGUCGCCCGCGAUGUGCGCGAGGGCAGUGAGCCUGAAAUCAAGCACUCUACUACGCAGGCAGGGCUAACGAAACGAUGGAAGACCAGGGUGUAUUAUCUCGACAAGCAGGGGCAGACCCGUCUGCGCGUCCGGCUCACUUCUGCCGCCGGCGACGAAGGCGAAUGGACCGACGCCAAAUUCCCCGCCGUCAAGCCGCUGCAAAGCACCCAGCUGACGGCCGCGCGCACCGACGAGGAUAACGCCAACAUCCACGUCUACUACCAGGACGAGGACCACUCGAUCCGCGAGCUCAAAUACUCGGCCGACGACGACGCCUGGUACGAGAACGAGACGUGCGUCGCCAACGCGCUGCCGGGGACGGGUCUGUCCAUCAUCACUGGCGGCGACGGCAACGAGAUCCGGCUGUUCCACCAGGAUAGCCAGAACCAGAUCCGCGAGAUCUAUUCGGAUACGGACACGACUGGAAGAAUAUCGUCUGCAGGCAGAAUCGAGAAAUACACCCUCCUUCCUGGGGCUGGGAUCAGCGCCGUGGCCUGGAACUACGGCAAGCGCAACUUCCAGAUCCGCGUGUACUCUGUCGGCGCAGACAACAAGAUUGUCGCGAUGGAGUAUCACAAGGAGAAAGGCGGCUGGGAGCGGCACGUCAAGGACACGUCGCAGGUGAUCCUGACAGGCGCCUCGUCGGGACAGCUGUCGGACAUUGCAGCCGUGCGCAUCCCCGAGGACGGCGUCAUCAGCGUGUUCUACCAGCCGCAGCGGAAGAUCAUCGGGCAGUACAGCGUUGCGAGCAGCAGCAACGGGCGCAUUCCGCUGGGGAUUCCGACCACGGGGCUUACGGGCGUGGACAAGGCCCGUCUGGAGGCGGAGAGGCAGCAGAAACUGGCCGCGGAGAAGCAGCACGAGGAGGAGGAAGAGAGGAAGCGUCAGCAGAAGCUGAAGGAUCUGGGCGUGUGUCCGUCCGGGUAUGCCUGGGUCAAGGAGGCAGGCGGGUAUCGCUGCCAGGGUGGAGGCCAUUCUGUCACCAAUGCGGAGCUGGGCGUUGCCAAUUGA